CUGUAUAUGUCAGCCUUGUGUCUGUUAGGGUGAUUCCAAGGGUCCGACAAAGGGACAAAGGGGCCCUGAAUAAUAAAUGUGCUUGAAUAAAUAAAAUCAAUAUAUUUUAAUAAUCAACUUCUACAAUGUUUAAAAAUGUAACUUUUUUUCUUUAGUAAGUCUGCAAUUUCAGUGUGAUAAAACAAAGAUUCAAGCCACAAUUGGAAGCACAUUGACUAUUAUCUGCACCUAUGAAACAUCCAAGUACAGAUUUAACAAGAAGUACUGGUGUGCUGGAGACUCCAGAUCCUCGUGUGAAGUUCUGAUGGACACAGAUGGAUACACACAGGAGGCCUACCGAACACGGGCUCAAAUCAUUGAUAGAGUUUCUAGAGGUUUGGUUGUUAAUAUCGGAGAUCUAAAGUUGGAUGACAGUGGAAUAUACUGGGUCGCGAUUGACAAAAUUUAUGCUGAUAUAAUGAGAAGGAUACAAGUCACAGUAACAAAAGAGGCUGUAAUAAAACCAAAGGUGUGGCCUCUCAGUUCCCUAAAGAUGACAUGCUGGGGACAACCGUCUGUGUUUCGCUGUAGGAGUGAGAGAGGAAUGGAUGUGCAGUACUCUUGGUACAGAGUUGGAUACCCAAAUAACAUUGUCUUGCACCAUUCCACCGAUCUCUUUCUCCAUUGUUCAAACAUCACUGAAGACAGUCAGUUUUUUUGCUCAGCCUUUAAUGAUGUCAGCAGCCAGAACAGUGAGUUUGUUUCUCUGCAACUACUUCAUCCUGCAGACAAGGACUGUGUUUAUCUCAUCUCAUCAUACGCUUUCUCUAGCUAUGACUGUAUAAGAAGCACAACAUCGCUCUCAACAUCCAUCCAAACGACAGAGAACUUCCUGAGCUCUGCAACAGUUUCUCAUAUCACGUGGAGUCAGAAUAAGACAAUGGUCCAGUCUGGUUUACCACUGUGGUAUGAGUGUCUUCGCUGGAUUCUUUGCUCAGUUAUGAUUGCCAUCUUAUGUGUAGUGCACACAUGCUCAAAAUAUACAUCAAGAAGACUUAGGGCUCAAGGCAAACACCCCAAAGACAUCUGAUUAAGAAUCAUGGUUGCACCUUUAUUACAAGUGUUUCUUUAUUUAUGGUUUGCAGGUACAUACUUUGCAUCCUUUUUAAUUCACGCUGACUUAAUUAUAUUCCUUGUUAUUAUUAUCCACAAGAUGUACAGUUAUUUCAGCCCCAAACUGUUUAAUUCAUUCAAACUUCAUUUUGUAGAUAUUUUAGCUUUAGACGUGUCAAGUGUUUUUUUGUUUUGUUAUUUUUUAUAUAUACUGAAAAAAAAUGUAUAUGGACAGACAAUCCUCACAUUUCAAGCAGAUAUCAACAUUAAUGCAACAUGCAAAAUAUCACACACAAUGAGCUACUGUUGAAGUUGUUUUGUGACCUUGAUCAAGAAUCUGUAAAGAUAUAUUUUUCUUACUU